GAAAAUGCAAGCCGUCAAAUGUGUCAUUGUAGGUGAUGGAGCAGUAGGAAAGACAUGUCUUCUUAUUUCAUAUACAACUAAUGCUUUUCCUAAUGAAUAUAUUCCAACUGUUUUUGAUAAUUAUUCAGCAACUGUUAUGGUUGAUUCCAAACCAAUUAAUCUUGGACUUUGGGAUACUGCUGGACAAGAAGAUUAUGAUAGAUUAAGACCAUUAUCAUAUCCACAAACUGAUGUAUUCUUAAUUUGUUUCUCAGUUGUCUCUCCACCAUCAUUUGAUAAUGUUUCAUCUAAAUGGCAACCAGAAGUUUCUCAUCAUUGUCCAAAGACUCCAUGUUUAUUAGUUGGAACUAAACUUGAUAUGAGAGAAGAUAAAGAACAAUUAAAGAGAUUAGAAGAGAAAAAAAUUACACCAAUUACUACUGAACAAGGUGAAGCUAAAUGCAAAGAUAUUGGAGCUGUUAAGUAUAUUGAAUGUUCUGCUUUAACUCAAAAGAACUUAAGACUUGUUUUCGAUGAAGCUGUUAGAGCUGUUAUUUCUCCAGCUGGAGGAGCCAAAAAAGAUAAAAAGAAAGGAGGAUGUAUGCUCUUCUAAUUUAUUGUUUCAAUUUCUUUUAUUCUUUUUUUUAGUUAAUUUCUUUUAAAGUAAUAAAAAAAGAAAUAUUUUAGUUAAACUCAUUUUUUUGAUUAAAAAAAUGUAUUUAAUUAUUUACUAAAACAAAAGAAAUAAAAUAAAUUCAUUCAUUAA